GCGAAGUCGGUUGGGAACAACUUGCUUGGAAGACAAUUACACGAACAUUUACGUAGACACGCGGUGAAACAUUGCUGAACUUCUGUGGCGCGAUCAUUCCUCCCGCAAAACUUGACUGGUUUAGUGUUUAAAGCAUGUGACGUGUCAUGGCAUUGCAGAAAUCGUAUUCAAACGCGGCAUUUUGCCAAGAGAGCGAAUUCUACCAUCAAAAGGGGCCGGUAAACUCGCAAAGAAACUUCAGGCAGUCGCCCGUGGGCGCUCAAACGAGUGUCGUAGUCGUCGACGACUUGUUGGUGGAGGAAGAAAGGCUGUUAAAUUAUGGGAAAAACGUCGAAGAACAAGAAUUCUAUGAAGAAGUGGUUGUGGACGACAACGGCCUUAUAAAAAGCAAGAAGUUAGUCGUAACUCAAACUCCACAGGGAUCCGGGUACUGUUCGCCUCGCCAACAGCAAAUUAGACCAAAAACGGUACCUAAAGAAAGAUACGCGGUUCCACCCCAAGUCGAGGAAACUAAACUCGCGAGAUCUUUGUACGAUGACGUCAAGUUGUCGUCAGGGAUGAUUCACAGGUACGCAGUUAUAAACGCUCAGGAUGAACCGCAAGUGCGCAGCAAAAAUAACCGUUAUGCUUUAAUACCCCUUAAUGAGUUAAAUUCGCUGCUUCCGAAGGGAGGCGGAAGAUACGAGUAUAUCUCGACCUCUCCGGUGCCGAAGUCUCCGUUGAGAAACCAAAACCGAUACGAAUACAUACAAAACGCCCCGCCAUCAUCAAACGACAAUACUACUGGUCGUCAAUCUGAUAGAUACGAAUUUGUUCAAAAUCCACGACGUAACGCCUCGGUGGAGCAACAAUAUCUUAGUCCAAAGACAUCGCGCAGAGCGUGUCCGAGUCCUGGAAUAGUUUCCCCGAUUUCAAAUUCCAAGCGACCGUUAGUCCCACGGGUUUCGUCAUCUAGAACGCAACGAAAUCUGAGCUACGUUUUUGGCGCCAAACAGUUACCCCAGGACACCAAGCACACUGCUGUCGUAACCCCCAUUUGUUCGAGUCCCAUCAAGUCGGUUUAUAACGGGACCACGUACUGCACCACGCCAGAAUCUUGGAGAAAUACUAGCAGCAGAAAUACGAAUGCCGGUCAAGCUCUGCUCGUGGCAGCGUUUAUGAUGUUUUUGUGCGGCUCCGUCACCACGGGAUUGUGCUUUUAUAUGAUCUCGAUCAUGGGACGGCUGUAUUUUUUAGACUUCGGCGUUGUUGCUGGGUUCACUUGCGUGAUAUUGGGACUGUUGGGGUUUCGGUCAAGGAACGUGCACUGGUUGCCGAACAGAAAUUACAUAUCGGGAUACCUGGUACUUAGUUUGUUCAGCUUAUUAACCUGCGCCGGCCUAGUAGUUCUCCUAGUCGAACAGCCUAGACCGGGAACAUUAUUAGCCGACAUGACAUCUGGUGCGGUAUGUGGAAUAUCGGUAUUGUCGUUGCUACUAGCUGCUGCUGGAGUCAUAUCCAGCUACUGUUGCAAAUACCCGCCACCCGAUAAUAGGGUGGAACAUUGUUCUCCUGGUUUGACAAUUUAGGAAGGGUAUUAGUAGCAGCUGACCUAUACAGUGAAUAAAAUAUGAUCACGACAGUGCACAUAAAUGUGACUUAAUUGAUAUUACAGGUAGUAUUAGUAACUAAGGGCCUAGUUGUGUUAGGGUUUCAGGGUUUAUC